AAAUUCUUCCAGAUUAUCAGCUUAAUGUUGGACAUCGAAAACCUCGAGAAGUGGGAAGAUGCUCACCAGGUCUCUCCGGGUUCUGUAUUGCUAAUGGGAGUAGUGGAAGACUUCAUUCAUCUAAUUGGAGAAGCUCAGAAGCCGUUCCAGAGCUUUCUGGUCGUCACCAACAACCUCAUAAUCACCAUCCAGCGAGAGCCAGUUUCUGCUGUUUCCAGUGACAUCAACUUCCCCAUGAAGGGGAGGAGAGGGAUGAAGGACUGGGCACGAUCUGCAGAUGACAAACUCUUCAUCCCUAAAGAAGUCUUCACGCUGGCCUCUGAUG